AUGCUUCUUGUUCCUUGUCCUUGGGGUCUCGAUCCCCGUCCAACCAGGGUGGACGCCUCCACCAGGGUCAACCUGGGCUCCACCAGGCCCAACCCCCAGGAGACGGAGAUGGUUUUGGGCACUGGCUCUGCCCCUUUCCAAGCUGUGAGGCCUCGGAGCAGCCCCCAGAGAGAGGGGGUGCCAUCUUGGGGUGGAUGUGUGCCCCUCGCCUGGCGUCUGUCCCUUGGAGGUGGUCCCUCCAGCCCAGAAGAACAGUCGGGUCCCCGAUGGCUGUUGUGGGAUCCUCUCCCUAAGCUUCUCCUGCCUCUGGCUGCACAGCCUGCCCUUGGCAGAAUCUGA